UUUUAUUUUUAUGUAACAACCGUCGAUUGACUCAUCAUCAUCAUCAUUGUGUUAUUUUUUUCUUUUGUUGUUUCCGUUCAUUUAUAAUUGUACCAAGCUUAAUAUAUUCGUUCGUGAGUGUGUAUGUAUAUGUGUCAUUCAGCAUAUAUUAAAAUUUCGAUUUUACUUUCAUAAAAUUCUAAAUUUAAAACGUAUAAUACCGAUCGAGCAAGUUCUACAAUUCAUAUAUUUGUUUUGAUGUGAUAACCUCUUUGAUGACAUUAUUGAAUUCGAAUUAAUUUUCUUCACUUGUUUUGUUCGACAAUAAUUUUGUCAGCAAAUUUAUUACAAUCUGCCCUUGAUGAAAAAGCAACCUAACAGUAAAGGCAUAAAAUUUUUUUUUAUUCCCCAUUCAUCGUAUUUUCCUUUGAUUACCGGCUAUCUAUAUAUACGGAAAUAAAUCUCGUAUACGCCUAAGCAUAAAUAUAUAAAACAUAAUCCACUGAAAAAAACAAGCUAAUUGAAGACAACAAUAAGCAUCAAAAUAAAAAAAAAUGUCGAAGAAAAAUUACGAUCUUUUAUUCAAAUUAUUAUUAAUUGGCGAUUCUGGUGUAGGCAAAACUUGUAUACUAUUUCGUUUCAGUGACGAUGCAUUUCAAACAACAUUCAUUUCAACUAUAGGAAUCGAUUUUAAAAUCAAAACAAUCGAUUUGAAAGGAAAAAGAAUUAAAUUACAAAUAUGGGAUACUGCUGGACAGGAAAGAUUUCAUACGAUUACAACCAGUUAUUAUCGUGGUGCUAUGGGUAUAAUGUUAGUCUAUGAUAUAACCAAUGCCAAAAGCUUUGAUAACAUAGCCAAAUGGCUUCGUAAUAUUGAUGAACAUGCAAGCGAAGAUGUUGAGAAAAUGAUUUUAGGAAACAAAUGCGAUAUGACCGAUAAAAGAGUUGUAAGUCGUGAACGUGGCGAAUCGAUUGCUCGUGAACAUGGUAUCCGAUUUUUGGAAACAAGCGCCAAGGCUAAUAUUAAUAUUGAUCGAGCAUUUUUAGAUCUGGCUGAAGCCAUCCUUAAUAAGAUUGUUGGACAGAUUUUGAUAGACAAACAAGACAAGAUAAACAUUUCCAAACCAGAAUCUAAGUCACCUGUUGGAAAAUGCUGUAAUUUUUGAGAAAAAAUAAGAAAUAAUACUUGGCUUCGAUGUCUUCUUUUUCGAUUUAUCCACUCAUUUA